UAAGGUCGGGGCGUCAUAAUAUCCUCUUUGUGGUAGCUCUCUCCUUUCCUCUUAUUUCUCUUCAUGUUUUCCUCUUUAUUUAGGGUUUUCUUUUGAUUACUCCUCUUCCCGAUUUCAUAAAAUUUUAAUAUUCUCCCACUCCGAAUCGAUCUAUGAUUUGGGCAAUUCCUCUGUUUUCGCUGUAAAUAUUAUUCAAAAUCAAUUUCAUCAAUUAUGUUUUUAUUGUCUUUUUCGUUGAUGACUUGCAACGUGAUAUUCCAAAACCUGCGUGUGUUCGGUCCUGGCUUGAAUCCUUUUUCCCCUUUCUGCGUCGCUCAUCAUUCCUCUGCUUCUCGCUAAUCUGUUUCCCUCUUCUCCUUGUUUUCAUCUCUAUCAUGUAAUCAUUUUUCUCUUCAUCUUAAGCUUUCGAGGGGUUGUUUGUUUUCCAAGAAAAAAAUGAAAGGGAUCUAACUCUGUGAAAAUUUCACGUUUUUACAAAAAUAUCAUGCGUUUCUUUGCCUAAUCAAUCAAAUCUUGGUCUGGUGUUCUCUUUACUUCUUCCGAGUUAAAGGAAAAAGUCUAUAUAUCUGCAACGGUAUUGCUUGGUUUUUGUUAUUGCUUCGAAGAAUAUGACCCAAGGACAGUCUUUGCGGAGAAAUCUGUCAAGAAGGCGCUCGUUUAGGUGGGGGAUUGAUAGGGAUGAUAGAGGUUGGACAAUGCUACACAUCGGAGCCCGUAAAGGUGACCUCAUUCAGGUCAAGCAACUGCUCAACGAAGGUGUGGAUGUAAAUGUGGCUGCAUGGGGCCCCAAAUCCCAAGGUGUCACCCCACUCCAUCUUGCUGCUGAGGGUGGCCACCUUGAAGUUAUGGAUGAACUGCUUGAACGUGGUGCUAAUAUUGAUGCAAGAACUAAAGGUGCUUGUGGGUGGACGCCACUUCACACAGCAGCUAAAGAACGAAAGAGGGAAGCAGUGAAGUUCCUGAUAGAGAAUGGGGCAUUUUUGCCAGAUGAUAUCAAUGAUUGUAGAUUUAAUCCACCGCUCCAUUACUGCCCUGGCCUUGAAUGGGCAUAUGAGGAGAUGAAGCGUCUUCAAAGAGAUGGCUCUUCUUCAGCAGGGGAGACAUCUUAUAGCUCUGAAAAUUGAUAUUCAAUCAUAUCAAACCGCUCUUGUUUGUUCCUCCUCCCGUGUUUGGUGCUUCCAUUUUAUCUCUUUAAUAAACACUAGUGGCCUUGUGACGUGUGUUGCUAUAUAUUUUAUUUUGAAGAAUGUUGUUUGCAUAUGAAUAUGAUGGCAUGACGCCGACGCCUAGGAAUAAAUUAGUACUCUCAUCACAUCACAUCACAUGCAUGUGAUAUGAUAGGAUUGAUGAUGUGCAAUAAUUUAAAUAUUGUGUUUUUCUUUCUCAUCUCUCUCUGCUCUAUUAUACCUUCGGUUCCCCUUGUUAGGCAAAAAUUUUAAAUUAGUGAAACUACAAACAAACACACACGCACAAACGCACAGAAAGGACGUUGUGUAUGGAUUGAAAACAGCCCAAAAUCCAACUCGAUUAAUCGAAAAAAAGAAAAUGGUUGAAAUGGGUAUGGUUUGAUCAAUUGGUUUCUAACAAUUUAAAAUAUUCAUAACAUUGUAUUGAAGUUAUCAUAUGCUAUGUGAUAAUAAUGCACAAAAUUUCAUUUACUAAAUUUUAGGAAACAAAAAUGAAAUCUAAUCUCCAUGAUAAGAGCAUUGAGUCUCCAUAACAAUAAUCUACAAGAGGCCCAACUCAAGUCUGACUCAGGCCAAGUUCAAAAGAAAAUUUGCCUAUAGUGGGUCCUGAUUUCGGCCACUGAUUGGGAUACCUCCAUCCAAUCACUAUAAUAAUAUUAUUUUUAUGUGAGAAGGAGGAACGAGGUAUUGGAUGCGAUAAAGCCGAAGGAAAAAGCGAGGGAAGAGAUGACGCGAGGAAAACAAAAGAUCGAAGCGCAGAGGCGAAACGCUGAGAAGAAUCAAAAGGCAAAGGGUUCUCAGCUGGAGGCCAGAGCUGUAGCCCUCAAAGUCAGCUGCCCUAUCUGCAAGAGUUUGUAGACCGGAAGCCCUAAUGGGCAGGGAUGAGAUCUGCAAGUAUUUUUCCUUUCACUUUUAUAUUCACGUUUCAAGCACGUGCUUUUUCUGAUUUCUUACUAAUUUAUGUUGUGUGAGGUAAAUGAUGUUUUGGUUUAGCUGUUAUGGGGAUUUAAAGGUUAUUGCUUAGGCUUUGCUUGGUGUAGAAGAUGGAAAAGAGCGAGGAUGAAAAAAUUGUUAGUCAAAUGAUUUUGUAGACCAGAAGCCCUAAUGGGUAGGAAAGAGAUCUGCAAGUGCAAUUGGCAAAUGAAAAACAACUUGGUGAUCAUUAUGGCUCCAAACAUCCAAAGGAAAACCCUCCUGCUGUGUCAAGUUGAUUGCUUUCUUCCCAUGUAAAAGAAGGAAAAGAACAAAUUAUCUUUUCCUGUGUGAUUCUAGAUAUUGUAUGUUAACCGUCUUUUAAAAAAAAAUUUUAAACCAAUGAAAAUGACUCUUUUAUCUA